CAACAUCACGUGAUCCAGCCUGAUCCAUUGCCUUCUUUGCCUUCUUGCCUGUCUGCCUUGGGACAGAGGGGCGUCAGAAGGGCUAGUUCGCCCGGGCGCAUGCAGGCUAAAGCUGCCGUCUCACUCGCGGGCUUGAUUCGUUGAGGAAGUCGUGCGGAUGGCCAACUCACGCCCGACAUGCAGCAGUCCUCCAGCGCCACGACGCCCUUUCUCAAAGGGGCGGACCAAUCAGUGUCGGCUGAGAGUAUCUCAGCCCCAUUGCUGCCCCUCGUCACCCUCUUUCUUAAGCUGUGAGCCCGGAAGGGUGCGCUGGCCUCCGUUAUACUUAACUCUCGCUCUCGCCCUGUCCCCUUGUCAAACUCGCCGUCCCGACACUCCACACAGCCUCGUUCAACUUAUCCCUCUAGCCAUACUUGCUACUUCGAAGACUAGUCUGGAUGCCUCACACUCGGAUUUCGGUAUGUUGUGCUGCUGCCCCUGAGGCCUUCUUUCAUCUUUGGAAUUGGAGGAAGUCCUGCCUUCCUUGGAAAAUUCGGGAAAGUUUCGGUUUCUAUCUUUUCCCAUACCUAUCUACAGGUUCGGAUUAACCGCCCCGGCCUGACAUCUG